UCAACAAGAACCUUCUACAUUCAAUCUCAAAGCUCAGCUCGGAUGGCCAGACAUCUGGUUUGGAGGGAUACCAUAGCAGCCUUCUACACUUCGCCCCAAAGAUGUACCAUUUCGGAUACAAUGGGAUGAAAAGCAGGCUAGAGAUUGCUGCGUUGCAUUUCAAUGAGAAUGCUGGGAGGAAGCAGCACCAGAAUAAGGAUGGCCAACUUCGGUUUUCUGUUCGUCAUCCAAAGAACCGAUAUGGAAAUCAUAUUGUGACGUCAAGAUCAGGGGCACCGACAUUUGGUUAUGUUGAUAAGUUUGAGGAGGAAGUCAAGAGGCUGGUUUUGACUGGGCAUGACUACACGAUUGACAAGGGAGACACUCCUGCACCUCUUUGUUCACGGUUUGAAAGGCCACCCAAAGAAGAAGCCAUCAAGAUGCAGCAAAAUGCCUUGCACAACGCUUCAAGAAAAAUUAAACUGACAUUAAACUGUUAA